AGGCCAAGAUAGAGUGCUGAAGACAGGGCUCUUGGUCUUGUGAGUUACACUGCUACCCGCUGGCGGAAGCUGAAAGGAUAGUGGGGAGAGCUCUGAAUUCGCGCCAUGGAUCCAGUAACCUAUGAUGAUGUGCAUGUGAACUUUACUCAUGAGGAAUGGGCUUUGCUGGAUCCUUCUCAGAAGAAUCUCUACAAAGAUGUGAUGCUGGAAACCUACUUGAACCUCUGUGGUAUAGGGUGUAAAUGGGAAGACUGCAACAUUGAAGAACAUUAUCAAAGUUCUGGAAGACAUGAAAGGUAUAUCAUCUGUCACUCUGGAUACAAGCCAUGUGAGGAUAAGGGAUAUAAAAAGAAGCAAUGUACCCUUGUCUCUCCCAGAACAAUUAGAAAAUACAUAGUAAUCCCCACUAUGAGAAAACAUGAUGACUGUCAUACAAGUUUGCAAUUAACUGAUUUUCCAACUUCCAUGGCAAUGCAUCAACAAACUCACACUGGAGAGAAACCUCAUGAGUACAAGGAAUGCAGAAAUUCAUCUGUCUAUACUGGUUCACUUUGUACCUGUCAUGUGACUCAUAGUAUAGGAAAAUAUUGUGCACAUAAUCAGUGUGGUAAAACUCUGAGUCCUUCCAGUUCUCCUCAAGGAUGUGAAAAAAUUCUGGUGGGAAAAGGAAAUGAUAAAUUUGAACUAUGUGCUAAAGGCUUUAACCCUCAUAGGUAUCUUCGAACACACAAAAGAAGCAAUAGUGAAGAAAAUCUCUAUGAAUGUAGUCAACAUGAUAAAGCCUUUAGAUCUAAUUCAUCUUUACAAUUACAGCAAAGAAGUCAUUUGGAGAUAGAACUUUAUGAAGAUAAUCAAAGUGAUAAAGCCUUUGCAACUCAUAGUCUUCAUCAGGUGCCUACAUCUCAUACUAAAGAAAAAAGGUAUGGGUACGAUCCAUGCGGUAAAACCUUUGCAUGUCCCUGUUGUCUUCAAGUACAUGAAAGAAUUAAUUUGGAGAAACCCUUUGAAUGUAAUCAGUGUAGUAAAUCCUUUGCAUAUAAAAGUCAUCUUCACAGGCAUGAAAAGAUUCAUACUGGAGAGAAACCCUAUGGAUGUAAUCAGUGUGGUAAAGCCUUUGCAUGUAACAGUUAUCUUCAAAUGCAUGAAAGAAGUCAUACUGGAGAGAAACCUUAUGAAUGUCAUCAAUGCGGUAAAGCCUUUUCACGUAAUAGUCAUCUUCACCGACAUGAAAGAAGUCAUACUGGAGAGAAACCCUAUGGAUGUAAUCAAUGUGGUAAAGCCUUUGGGUGCAACAGUAAUCUUCAAAGGCAUGAAAGAAGUCACACUGGAGAGAAACACUAUGGACAUAAACCAUGUGGUAAAACCUUUGCACAGAAGAAGAAUCUUCACACUUAUGGAAGAAGUCUUACUGGACAAAAGCCCUGUGAAUAUAAUCAAAGUGGUAAAGCCUUUGCACAGAAUAGUCAUCUUUUCUGUCAUCAAAUAAACCGUACUCGAGAAAAAUCCUAUGGAUGUAGUCAGUGUGGUAAAGCCUUUGGACGUAACAGUAAUCUUCAAAGGCAUGAAAGAAGUCACACUGGAGAGAAACCUUAUGAAUGUAAUCAAUGUGGUAAGGCCUUUUCACAGAACAGUCAUCUUCAUAGGCAUGAAAGAAGUCACACCGGGGAGAAGCCCUAUGGAUGUAAUCAAUGUGGUAAAGCCUUUGCAUGUAAAAGUGACCUUCACAGGCACGAAAGAAGACAUACUGGAGAGAAACACUAUAGUUGUAAACAGUGUGGUAAAGUCUUUUUACAGAACAGUCAUCUUCAUAGGCAUGAAAGAAGUCACACUGGACAAAAGGCUUAUGAAUGUAAUCAGUGUGGUAAAGCCUUUACAUGUUGAGCAACUUUUAAAAGUAUGACAGAAUUCAUACUGGCAAAAAGCCAUGAACCUAAUGAGUGAGGUAAAACCUUCCUUGCAUUCCACAUACAUUUUUCCCAUUGAGCUAUUUUACUGGGGCUUGAGUAAGAUUAGAAACAGUCCAUCAUUAAAAUACUGUCUCCUUUACAAAUUGUAAACAUAUUGUCAUCCAAGGAUCUAGGAACAAACAAUUUGAAUAAUAAAACUUAUUCCAAGUGAAACUGA